AUGGAUGUAACUGAAGUUCUUUAUAAUAUUAAGUCCACAAGAGCAAGAGGAAACACAGAUGCAUCAAACAGGCGAUCGGGGGUCACAUCGCAGCGAGUGGUCCUGCUGGUCCUCAGUGUUCUCCUGGCAGCUGCCGUCACAGCUCUUGGUGUAACCCUUCAUGAAAAUACUCAAACCAAGAAGCUUCAAGAGGAAUGUGAGGCAAAACAUCUCUCAGAUGAAACAUGUCCGAGGUGCGAGGACGGCUGGGAGCCACAUGGAGGAAAGUGCUACUUCUUCCCCUCAGUUAGGUUAUCCUGGACUCAGAGUAGAACACAAUGCACAUCAAUGAGAGGAGACCUGGUUGUGAUAAACAACAGAGAGGAGCAGGAAUUCUUGCAGUCUAGAGUGAUGGAAAAAAUGCGCAAUCCUGAGGACAAGUUCUGGAUCGGACUGACAGACUCAAAGAAAGAGGAUGAAUGGCUUUGGGUGGACGAUACACAACUGGAUAUAAGUUUGAGGUUUUGGCGUCACUACGAGCCAAACAACCGGAAAGGGGAGAAUCCUGAUGGAGAGAACUGUGUGAUAAUGGGGGAGGAAUACCUGAUGUCCUGGAUCGAUAAAUCCUGUAAAUCACCUCAUAAAUGUAUUUGUGAGAAAGCAUGUGCCUGAA